AACGGAUUAAUGAGAAAGAGGAGGAGAUGGUACAAGCUGGAGCGCUUUAUGCACUUUAUACCCUGUUCCAAUUGCAGAACAAUGCUAGUGGUAUGCAAAAGGUGGCUCAUAUCGAGAUUGCUCUAGAUACCCUGGAAUAUCUCGUAUCCUACGCGAAAGCGAGCGGCGAGUCAGUUCGCCAUCAUCUGCUCUACAUUUUGCACUCGUUAUUCUCAAAGGGCAUUUUUCACGUUCUACCGGCUUCAACCCUGCCAACCCUGCGCCGGCCCACGCCAGAGGAGGCAGAACAAAGGCAGAGAAAGAUAGAGCCGGUCGCGCGAAAU